CACAUAAUAAUUUCAAUCUAUAUAAUCACCAAACCAAACCUUAUCACUUUCUAUCUCACAAUUCACCUUGCCACAACAAGAACCUAGGACACUUUAGCUCAAAUGGCACAUAACAAGAACCUAGGAUACAUCAAAAAAGUUGUAUUCAUGUUACUAGUUUUGUUUGUGACACUAACAUUAGAGAUUGAGUUCCAAGUUGAAGAAGAGCCUUCAAGUGGUUUAUUAUGCAUUAGUGAAUGUGUUACAUGUCCUACAAUAUGUUCACCACCACCUCCUAAACUUGUUCCAUCAAAUUCAAAUCAUCCUCCACUUUCACCCCCAACACAAAAUCCUCCACCCCCUCCUUUAUUAACAAAUGCACCCCCUUUUCCACUAAUUACACCCCACCCUCCAUCUUCUCCAUUACUUACACAAACCCCUCCACCUCCUCCAUUAUUAACAUCAUAUUCACCUCCUCCUUCUCCACCUCUAAAAUCAUAUCCUCCACCAACACUAAGUCUUCCACCACCAUUGCUGACAGAGUCACCGCCGUCUCCACCAACUCCUUCAACACAAUCUUCUCUACCGCCUCCGCCGCCUUUGAAAUCCUCGCCUUCUUCGGGUUCGUCGGGAUCAGCACAACCACAGCCUACAGUUAUUGGUGGAUCACCACAUAACUAUCCAUAUCCAUACUACUAUUAUUAUGCUUCAAGUGCAUCUCAUUUUUCUAAUAAUGUUGUGCCUUUUUUUGUUGUACUUUUGUUUCUUCAUAAGAUAUUCUUUGCUUGUUAAGUGAUAACAAGUAGUUGAAAAAUAAACUUGUAUGUAUAAUGUACAGAUUUUUUAGAAACAUAGAAUUAUGUCGGGGGGAAAUAAUAUACAAUGUCAUAUA